CAGCUUCUCUCCGGAACAGGUGGUUGCCAGUCAUGCGUCCCCCAACCCUCCUCCUGCUGCUGCUGUCCGGGGCCCUGGCCGUGACCGAGACCUGGGCGGGCUCCCACUCCCUGAGGUAUUUGUUCACUGUCGUGUCCCGGCCCGGCCGCGGGGAGCCCAGGUACGUGGAAGUCAGCUACGUGGACGACGUGCAGUUCGCGCGGUUCGACAGCGACGCGGCAAGUCGGAGGAUGGAGCCGCGGGCGCGGUGGGUGGAGCUGGAGCGGCGGGAGUACCCGGCCCAGCAGACGCGGGACUCCAGGACUUGCACACAGACUCUCCGAGGGAAUCUGAACGAAGCGCGCGGCUACUACAACCAGAGCGAGGUAGGGUGUCAUACCUUCCAGAGAAUGAUAGGCUGCGACGUGGGGCCUGAUGGGCGCUUCCUGCUUGGGUACCUUCGUGAUGCCUACGACGGCGCGGAUUACAUCGCCCUGAACGAGGACCUGCGCUCCUGGACCGCGGCGGACACGGCGGCGCAGAUCACCCGGCGCAAGUGGGAGGCGGCCGGUGUGGCAGAGGACUUGAGGAACUACCUGGAGGGCACCUGCGUGGAGUGGCUCGGCAGGCACCUGGAGAACGGGAAGGAGACGCUGCAGCGCGCAGAACCCCCCAACACACACGUGACCCACCACCCCAUCUCUGAUGAUGUCACCCUGAGAUGCUGCUUCUACCCUGCAGAGAUCACCCUAACAUGGCAGCGUGAUGGGGAGGACCUGACCCAAGACACAGAACUUGUGGAGACCAGGCCUGCAGGAGAUGGGACCUUCCAGAAGUGGGAGGCUGUGGUGGUGCCUCCUGGACAGGAGCAGAGAUACACGUGCCAUGUGCAGUAUGAGGGGCUGCCCGAGCCCAUCACCUUGAGAUGGCAGCUGCCACCUGAGCCCACCAUCCCCAUCAUGGGCACCAUUGCUGGGCUGGUUCUCCUUGUGGUCACUGGAGCUGUGGUGGUGGGAGCUUUGAUGUGGAGGAAGAAGCACUAAGUGUUAAAGGAGGGAGCUACUCACAGCAGACUGAAAAGUGAGAGAGUACUAGCAAAGGGAGCAGUAGAGGGAG